AGUAAUCGGCCGCGACCGCAGUCGUUCAUCCGACAGUGUCGAGUGAAAAGGAGAAAGAGAAGAGAGACGGAGAGAGAGAGAGAGAGAGAGAGAGAGGGGAGAGAGCCAAGUAGAGUGGAACGUGCGCCGAUUUGCGUCGCGAGGAUUGCAGAUCGCCUACGAUCCACAGUUGACUUUGGUCGAGUGCUACAAAGGAGAGCAAGGCAUAAGCGCGCGGACACGAAUGGAGAGCGACUGGUUCUCGGCUACAGGCUUUCCUCCGGGCUCGAGCGCAAGCAACGGUACGAUGUAACGCCGAUUUCUCGCUCUCACACGCACGCACACACGUAUGCACGCACACAGAGGCAGGCGUUGUACAACCCAUUACCAGGCACCUGCGAUCGAACUGGCCGCCAGUAGCACGGCUGCGCCAGCACAAGCUCGCUACUAUGCGCCGCCACGGCAGUCCAACGAGCCCCGCUGCCGCUGCUGCUAGUGCUGCUAGUAUUGCUAGUGCCGUAGCCGUCUCGCCGUCGGCGCUGCUACCGUCGCCGUUCAGUGAUUGUUUACAUACUCUGGGACACGAGUGAGCACAGCCGCAGACCGCCGAGCGAGCGGUGCGUGCCAGUCGCAGCCAGUGUCGGGGCCGAGAGAGCGCCGCACCGUCUGCCCCGGGGGGGGCGAGGGGCCAGCUGCCAGGGCUGCGCGCGCAAAGAGAUGCCGUGGCUCGCACUCAGGGCCGCCUUCUCGCAGAUCGUCCGCGGCUAGCCAAGACAGGUGGUGGUCAGAGGCGCCGAGCAACGAGGAGGGACGCCAGCGGAAGGCGCCGCGCAGAGACGAGGACGAGGCCAGGCACCGGCGGCAGGAUGCGCGUGUCGCUGCUGCUGCUGAGGCUGGUGCUGGCGGCGGCGGGCGCGCUGCUGGCGGGCGCGCUGCUGGCGAGCGCCCAGCUGGACGGGCCGCAGCAGCGGCGGCGCGACGAGGCCGAGCGCGCCAGGACGCUGGCCGGGCUGGAGGCCAACCUGCUCGGGCUGCUGGGCUUCGCCAGGCGGCCGCGGCCGCCGCCCGCGCCCCGGCCCCACGUGCCCGAGGCCCUCAGGCAGCUGCAGCGCCGCCAGAGCUCCCUCGGGCUGGCCGACGUCGCCAAGCGGGGCGUCGGCUCGGCCAACACCGUGCGCUCCUUCCUCCACGUAGAAAGCGACGUGGACGAGAGGUUCAAGUCGGCGCACCGCUUCCGGCUGAUGUUCGACCUGCGCAGCGUGCCGAGCGGCGAGCGGCUGCGCGCGGCCGAGCUGAGCCUGAGCAGGGUGGCCCUGCCGGCGGAGCGGAUCAGCGGCGGCAGCGCGCUGGCGCGGCUGCUGGUCCACGACAUCGUGCGGCCCGGGCGCAAGAGCAGCGCCAGCUCGGCCCUGCUGCGGCUGAUCGACAGCAAGGUGCUGCACCUGGGCUCGAACGCCAGCGUGAGCCUCGACGUGCGGCCGGCCGUGGAGCGCUGGCUGUCGGAGGGCGAGGCCGCCAACCACGGGCUGCUCGUGCAGGUGACGGGGCAGGCGCUGGAGGGCGCCCGCGACAGCGAGCACGUGCGGCUGCGGCGCAGCCUCGCCGGCCAGGAGGCGGCGGCGGGCUGGGAGCGCGCGCGGCCGACGCUCUACGCCUACACGGAGGACGCGGGCCGGGCGGGCGGCGCGCGCCGCCCGCAGAGCGCCCACGAGCUGAUGGAGCGGCGCGCGCGCCGCGCGGCGCUGCGCAAGAACCGGCGCAAGGACGGCCGCGAGAACUGCCGCCGGCACCCGCUCUACGUGGACUUCGCCGACGUGGGCUGGAACGACUGGAUCGUCGCGCCGCCGGGCUACGACGCCUUCUACUGCCACGGCGACUGCCCCUUCCCGCUGGCCGACUACCUCAACUCGACCAACCACGCCAUCGUGCAGAACCUCGUCUACUCGACCAACCCCAGCCUCGUGCCCAAGGCCUGCUGCGUGCCCACCUCGCUCGGCUCCAUCUCCAUGCUCUACCUCGACGAGGAGAACAAGGUGGUGCUCAAGAACUACCAGGACAUGUCGGUCCUCGGCUGCGGCUGUCGGUGAGCCGCCGCGGCCGCCCGGCCCGGCCAAGACUGCACCCCUCGGCGGCCUCCGCCACCUUCCGUUUCCCCGGCAGCGCUCUUGUCUUUUCGCGUCGAUGUGCCCUCGUCGCGACCUCCCAUUGUGUCGCCACUGCUGCUGCUGCUGCUG